AUGUCCGAGACUACUUCCACUGCAUCAACAUCACCAGUUGCUGCUGCAUCGCCAGCCGCUGCUGCACCUGUAAAUAUCAAAGACAAGAAUAUAUUUGGAACCCUCGAGGUAAAGAUCAAGGAGGUUAAGGGAUGCCAGACACAUUUCCUGUUGGCAAAGUGCGAGUUGGCACAGAAGAGAACAGAGGACAAGACCAAGCCAUCAGCCAAUCAUACAUUUGUUGAUGUAUUCGAAUUCCGCGUUUCAUCACCAAACAGCGAGUUGGAGAUUGAGGCCUGGAAGAAGAACUUCUUCUUCAAGGACAAGGUCACUGGAAAGUUGGUGUUGUCCAUCAACGAGUUGUUGACGGCUAAUGGCGAGGCCAAGUGGUACCCACUGUCAUCGAUGAAGAAGACUGCUGGCGCUGCCGCUCAUCGUCCAAGAACACAGACAUCGCCACCAGCCGUCGACUCGACCGCUGCUGCACCCACCUCGCCAGAGGACACCAAGGAGACCAACUCUGAGGGAGAGGUCGAGGAGACCUCGCCCAAGGCUGGACGCGCCAAGAAGCAGAAGGACCCACCCGAGAUCAACCUCGAGAUCAAGUUCACAAAGAACGAGCCACCCAAGGAGGUGCUCAAGGGCAUCGUGCUCGACGGUCAGUGGACCACCGAGAACAGUGUUGGCAGUCUUACCAACAACCCACAUUGGGUCAAGUGUGCACAGUACCUCCUCACCGUCAAGAAUGAGACCACUCCUCUGUUCAUCAAGUUGAGACAGCCAGAGGGUACCGAUCAAAGGAUAAGUUUCUUUGUACUUAACUAUGAUUCAGUGUCUGUUGACUGUAAGAUUGAGUUGGAGCCAGGUCAAUACUGUAUCAUCCCAUACGCAGAGCAGUUUGGAUUCACAGGCAAAUAUAAGAUCAAUGUGGACUCGGAGCGACUGACCAAUCUCGAGUUCUACCCACUGCCCAAGGACGAGUCGACACAGUGGAAGGAGAUCACCAUCAACGGACUGUGGACCAACACCACCAAUGGUGGCUGUGACGUCAACCUCUUGCACUGGACCAAGAGUCCCCAGCACCAGAUCACCCUGUCCAAGAGCGCCCGUCUCUGCAUCCUCGUCUCGCAGGACGACCACGAGAAGAGCAUCGGCUUCUACGUUCUGAAGCAGACCAACGACGUUGGCAAGCGUCUCGUCGAGUACAGAGACCAGGUUGGCAAGACCGAGACGUUCAAGCCAUCGUGCCACAACGGCAACACAAUGUCGCUCGAAAAGGGCACCUACAUCGUCAUCCCAUCCACCUUUGACCAGGGUCUCGAGGGUGCCUACCACAUCACCCUGUUCACCGACGACCAGGCAGCUACCUUCACCACCGUGACCGACACAUGGAAGAACACCGAGUUGGUCAAAGGCACAUGGGUGGGCAAGAGUGCCGGAGGCAGUCCAAACAAUGGCGCCUCCUUCUUUGACAACCCACAGUACAAGCUCAAGCUGCCCAAGGACAGAAGCGGAGAGAUGUCCUUCUUUGUCCAGCUCAUCCAAGAGUCAACAUUGGCCGACGAGAGCAUUGGUUUCGUCCUCAUCAACCGUGACGAUCACUCAGACACCGUCAAGGCGUCCACCUUCCAGAACGAGCAUCUCUUCAACAAGACACCCAACUGGGAGAAGAGAAACGACAUUGGUCUCCGUGUCACUGUCACCCCCGACCAGUCCAGCGAGUACACCAUCAUCCCAUCCACCUUCAAGCCCGGUGUCAACCGUUCAUUCAGACUCCAAGUGUUCUCUGAUGUGCCAGUUGAGAUUGAGGAGAUCGAGGCUUCAGAGGAGUCAUCCGACGAGGAGUAA